CGAUAUUUGACUCACACUAUCACUUGCGGCUGCAGCUUUUAAAACUGUGCAGCACCUCUUUACAACAGCAUUGUGUUAUACUUUCUUUUUUAACCCCUUUAGGGUCUGUUGAAUCUCAGUUGGGAUUUAGAUCCAGGUUUGCUCAUGUCGGCCAUACUGGAACACCUGCCUUGCAUCUGCACUGACCCUGCACCUCUCAGGACUCCAUCAAUGAGCAGAAACAGAGACAGAAGAGCUGUACAGUUUGAGCUGGAGCGCCGUGCGUGUCAGAGCCUCAGAGAGGGUGAGUUAACCAUUCUAUGUCAAGCAUUAUAUUUUCAAAAGUUUAAUAUAUGUGCAGUUGUUUCUGAUCAUGCAGUGAUGUCAAAGGUGGUUUAUUCUGGGGAGAAAAAAACUGUAAAAAUUGUGCCCACAUAAGAGAAUUUUCUCUUUGUUUUGGUGAAAAACACAAAUAACACACUGUAUUGACUUAUUUGUGUUGUGGGCUGAUCUUCAAACCUGAAUUUUUUUUCACCAGGCUUGGGUGUUAGGUGGAUCAGAUGGUCCUCAAGUGGCUGGGUUACAGUUGGAGCUCAGCCAGUUAAGGCGAGGCACGCUUUGCCUUGAGCACAUGAACCCAGCAACCUGUGUACUGUAUCAAAAUAAAACCGGACAGAGAGCCACUUUGAAGCUGUGAGCAAAAGAACAUUUUCAAAAAAGGGUGCUCUGCUUUAGCCUGCCUAUUGUCUCUGCUGAGACCUAACUGCUCACUGCUUUUCAACUUGCCUCUACCCCGACUGUUGUUUUUUGUGCUGUGCCUGACUUUACCGUUGUCAGAUUCAUUGUUCAUUGUGUAUGCCUGCCCAGUCCUGUAACCUCUAAGUCUUUGCUGCUGCUCUCCUUGCCUUGACUUUUAUGAAAGGUUGCAGAUGUGUGCUCUUCCCACCUCAGAUUUUAGAAUUCUCAUGUACACACAAUGAAAGGUUGAGAGCUCUCAGAUCAGAGUCAUACUCCCAUAUAUGAUAUUGUUGUUUACCAUACCUGUCCUGUAAGUCUUUGCUGCUGUUCUCCCUGCCUUGACUUUUCAUGAAAGGUUGCAGAUGUGUGCUCUUCCCACCUCAGGUUUUAGAAUUCCAAGUACACACAAGGAAAGGUUGAGAGCUCCCAGAUCAGGGUCAUAAUCCCAUAUAUGAUAUUGCUGUUUACCAUACAUACCUUCCCUGUAAGUCUUUGCUGAUGCUACCUUGCCUCUGCUUUUCAUGUGUGCAUAUCAAAAACAUAGGACUUGUACUCUUCCCUCCUCAGGCCCUGGUAUCCGCAUUUGCUUGUUGAAGUGCAAAUAAUGACUUCUCUCUUACAAAAGUGGUCCUAAACCAAACAUGUGUAAGCUGUUAUUCAGUCAAGAGUUUUUUAAGGCGCCUUCUCAUUCUUGCUUCUUAGGUAAAUUGAGGUAACAUGCAGAAAUUCAACCAUUAGCAUAAGCUAAGACUCACACAGUUGGUUAAUCUUUUUAUUAUAUCCUGGUAGAUCAGACUCCUCUGAACUAUUUCACCCCUCACGAGUCUUGUGUGUUUGUGUGUGUUGGCAAUUUACAGUAGGGUUCAUUUUAAUUUAACUGACUCUCCAGAAAGAUCCGGUUCCCAACGCUUACAACAUGGACACAAAUAGAAAAACUGAGAGAGCCAAGAGGGAGGAGAAGGGGGGUUGGGGAAAGAAACAGAGACAGCAGAUGACAGAAAUUAAUGUAACUUAAAACCACAAUAUCGAAGCUUAGGCAGCCCAGUCUAGUUUUCUUUAACAAAAAUUUAGACAAAAAUCAACUAAGACAAAAAAUUGACAAGCUAAAAAUACAGACUUGAUCAUAAAAACUCUUUUUCUAACUUAACAUGAUGUAGGACUGUUUGGCAGUGCUUGCUUUGGCAGCCUUUUUAUGUCACCAGUUGAUCCUGGGUGUUUAACAGCAAAGUGUUUUUCUUUCCUGGCUUACCUGGAGAGCCCGUGUCCUGGAUUUGAACCCAGAAUCUUUCCAUUGAGAGGUAACAGUCUAAAACACAACACCACAGCUGAGCCUGGGAGUGAUGGCUUUUGUCGGUCUUUUCAUAUCACCAUUUAAUGAUAGUGGUUUAACAGUGCACUUCAAACUACAAUGAGAGAAAAAUGUUUCUGUCCACACAGACUGUAUUUCUUAUUCACAAAGGCCCACAAUGUUAAAAGAUGCAUUUGUCUUUCAAAGUUAAGUCAGUUGUACCUCAUGUCACCAUAUGAGGAAACAGUGGGGCUUUUGGACAGAUAGUGGACAAUAAUGAUGCUCAUUUAGGAAAAAAAAACAACAACUUCCAACUUCAAGCUAUGAAAAUGGUUACUUACAUAAGUUAAUAAGUAGUCUCCUCCUCCACUCUUGGACAAAUGCUUUUGUUGGAUUAAAUAGAAUCAACUUCCAAAAAAGAAAGUUUAAUGAACUGUACCUUUGGAGGGCUUUUCACAGAGUGUGUGCAUUGUACUGUCAUUUAAAGGCUUAUGAGUUAAAUACAAAGUCAGAAAACUUUGUCUCUCCUCCAUUAUCACUUUUAUAUAUACUGCAUUGACCUUAGAGGAUCACCAAGGACAGCAUAGUGGGAGUGUGCACUGUGGGAGAGUCUAGGCUGAAUAUCUGAUUGAAGCAAAGAUAUAACAGGAGUAGAAGUGGGAAGAAGAAUAGAAGAUGCCUUAAAAGCCCUUCAUACAACUGUGAUAUUGAUUUUCAUUCAGCAAGCUGAAUAUGUUUUAAUCUAUAAUUAUGGAAAUUCAAGUAUUUGAGUUGCUGCUAAAGGGUACAAUGGCUUAAAUGUCUCCUAAAUUCAUUAAAGUACUCCUUUACAGCACUUAGCGUCAUUUUCGCCUAGAUCUGAAGUAAAGGUUGGAUUGUAUUCAUCGUUUUGUUUACCUUUGGAACAACCAAUCUGGGAAUCCUCUUGAAUGCAGCUUCUUACUUGUAGAUGUGUUAGAUCAUGACAGUUGGACUUAGGUGCGUGACAGUGUUGUCGAUAGACGGUGCACUCUCUGUCAUGUAGUGACAUUUUAGCGAUGAGCAGACUUUCCCAGAAUAGAUUCUGUAUCAGCACAUUGCAUCACUGCUUGUCAUCUCCUGGCACAAAUCAUCAACAGAAAAAAAACAGUAUUCUGUCAGUUCCCCUCUGUAUGUGUGAGUCUGCGUGGGCGUAACAGUUGUGGUAUAAAAACAGGAUUUUUAAAAAAUAUUUGUGCAUUUUGAAUGUGCGUAUUUGUACACAGAUAUUAUGCAUGCAUAUGACGACUAUCCGUGUCAGACUCUGUUUUCAUAGUCUGCCUCUGUCUGCCUGAAGGAGUCAGUUAAACCUUUCCCCCUGCCAAGAGGGGAAACUGCACCGUCGUGCGUCAGCAACGUCCACAUCAUAGAAAUCAAAGGAAGAUGAAUGUUUUAUCUCAGGCUACUGUAGGACACUCAGAGAGACUGACUGCUGAGUCUGACUUGAAUAGGCCAAGGCAACAGCGCCUGCUCUCAUUAUUACAGACUCCAGAUACAGAGAAGUGUGGGUGAUGCUGCUGAAACACUGGAAUACAUCUCUUGUUCGCUCUCUAGAGGAACAUGCUCUCAAAAUCAAAAACGAGGCUAAAUAAAGAGGGAAAGAUGAGCAUAUGCACCAGGAAGAUAUUCCUUCUGUUGUCUGAAAAAGUGAGAUUAAAGGCGGGUGGUAGGGAGGCAUUUGUUUGGAACUAGCACUGUAUUUGAUUUGACAAAAGUUAAAUUUUGGUAAGGCAGUAAAUCUGAGGUUUAGGAGGAGCUGUGGAUGCUGGUUUUAAGUCAAAUGAAAGUGCCAAACGAAGAUUUUGAUCACCCUCCCACAUAAUGAUUCUGCAUUGUCUGCUUUCAUGUGUGUUUGGACAUAGCAGGCAGAUGUUUCCUGUACAAAAAAGCUCUGAAAAACACAAUUUACAGCUAACAUAGCGGGGUAUUCAUUAGCUAAAUAGCUAUUUACUUCUUUCAGAGCCAUACAUUUUCUUUUACAAACAACAUGCCAGCUAUGUUUGGUGCUUAUGUGCCACACCUCUCACCUCAGACUACCUCAGCGAUGAGUCAGUACAAAGCCAGAUUUGUCUGGUUACUGGUGCAAGUUCUUCUGGAGCACUCGCCAUAUUGGUUUUGCGUCCAUCUGCACCAGUCUCCACUCUCUCCCACCAGACUACAAUCAAGCACCCAAUCAGUGCAGCACCUCAUUAUUGUAGGUUACAAUAAUUUAACUCACUGUGCAACACUGUGACCACAUUUUUACAGUAGUAAGAUGUGAGCGUGCUCUAUUAUUAUUAUUUUUUCUGUGGAUGGUCAGGGUGUGUGUGAAAAAAAAAAGCCACCCCUUAAAAAUGUUCCCAAUCUCACUAUGCUGCUACACAGCUCAAAUACUGAUUCCCUGACACAGAUAUAUAGGAGCUGCUGAUCUGCAGGAGAUCAUUUUCCUUGGCAAAGUCAUAUUUUGAUUCUGGAAGUUUAGUGGAGAAACUUUUUUGCAGAUAUGUCCUCUGAGAAAAUGUGAGGUUGACUUAGGACACGGUGAGUCAGAACAAGAACAGGUGGAGGCAGGAAGAGAUCUCAGAAGUUUUACUCCCAUGAGUUUAAUUUCACUGUUUUGAACUGCGUUGUGGAAGUACGCUCUUCCUUUAAAGAAGGACAUAAUUCAACAAAUAGACAAAACCACUCAUAUAUAACUUUCGUGUGACUUGACUUUUGUUCAUCAUGCUAGGGGACCACAGAGAAACAGUUUGAACAAACAGAGAACAUAAAAUCUCUGCAGGGAACCUUGAACUUACCAACAACCCCCCACUGCUCAUAUGAUGCUCUUUGUAAGCUGAGUAAUGUCACCACUCUUGUGUCUUUCUUUGGCAGCUAAUUGAGAUAUAAUUUAUUUUUAUUUGUUUUCAUAUUGCCUCUUUAUCUUUUUGUUGUCUGUCUCGGUUCCCGUGUUCAGUCCUCCAGCUGAAGCUGAAACAGAGACAGUCCAGAGAGGAGUUGGUCAAUGGAGAAAUCACAACACGUAAGUAGAUAAUAUCCACUUUUGUUGGGGUAUAUGUUGGUCAAGGCUCAGAUUAUGAAUUUUCCUUAUUUAAUUUAUUCAUUGUAUACUUCAUUAACCCUGCAGCAAUGGAAAUGACCAUAUUGACCCUUAUAUGAAACAACCCUGAUUAUAAGAUGUACCCAAAACAUUGAUAAAAGGCUUAACUUGUUUCAAAUAGAAAUCAAAUAUUUGAUUAGAAUUUAAUAAUUAAACAGAGACAUUGAAUAAAAGAAAAGUAAGUUUUGGUUUUCAUUACUAAACAGCUCUAUCUUUUAAGAGUUCUGUACUAUUUUGGAAAAAGUGUCAGGCUGCCCUCGCUUCUUACUUGACCGGUCAGCUGAUCAUAGAUACAGCUUCUGAUUGGUCAACUUACCAAAAUAAAGAUGGCAGCCUCCUUCUAGCAUAGCCAGCUAACAACAAAAAUAGCAUAAACUUAAAGAUUUAUCAUUAUAGACCAGCAUAGCAUCUUUCCUGUGGGGUAGAAAAACCCCUGGGUGUUGUGGAAACACAGAGUUUAUCACUGCGAAGUUGUCGGUCUCACAAAGCGAGGGGGUUUUACUUUUAUUUUAAGUUGCAGUUGUAUCAUUUAAUUUAUAGAAUUGAUACAGCAAAAAGCAGACAAACAAACAAACAAACAAAACAUUUUAUACAUAAUCUUAUCAAACAUGUGGGGUUUAAGGGUUCAAGGAAAAAAGUCCUGUAAUUCCGGACCAACGUUGUAAUUCGCAAUAGCAAGGCAAAAACAACCCUAACACCCAUAUCUCAUCCAGCCAAUCUAUAAAAAAGAGGCAUUCACGUUUCACCCCUGCCUGUUGAUACUGUGGUAAAAAUGUUCUUUUACAGUCAGUAUUUCAAAUCAGCGGGUCAAAAAUCAUUGAGGAUAUUUGUUAAACUAGAUCCUGUCCUGCAAUCCAAGCAACAGCAGCAGAGCUGGUGAGGGCGUCUCUCAGUUGUUGACCACCCUGUUGAGGAUCUAAUCAGCACCACUUAUUCACUGUACUUCCUCUCUGGCCUUUAAAUGUGCUCAUUUAAUAAAGGAUUCUGGUGGCUGUUGUUGUGUUAAUAAUCAAAAUGUAGAGGUGGUUGGGUUCAGGUAUGUGGUUAAUGUCAAAAUAAACACAUGGAGAAACAAUUAGCCACUGACAUUUUGGUUCCCUUUCUCGCGUCACGUGACCUUUAUCAUAACUGAAGUAGUCUUUCGUGGAGACAGAAAGCGGAUGGACGAUGUGAAAAGGUAGUCACCUCUAAAGCACAACAACUCCAUGACUCCUGACUCUGCAUCCCUGGCUAAAUAUCUGAAGAAAAAAAAAUCCUCUUUUAAUGUCUUUUAUCCUCUGUAUCUCGCUUUCUCUCCUGAUUUUUUUAUUGCCUGCUUCUUUCAUUUUCCUCAUUUUUAAAAUCUUUAUUCACCCAGUUCUAAAAAAGCAGGUUUAAAACAGAAGGAGAUUAUAAUUCUAGAUGUGCACAUGGCAGCAGUUUUACUCUGCAUGCUAGUGGUGUCGUGGAAAUUGUAUUACUUCUUUGUUAAAGAACGACUGAAAAGUUAAAUAAACAUUGAAAGGAAUAAGGAUGUAGAGCUUUUUUUAGACUGAGCGUUUAUUUGAGGCGUUUUGGGUGCUAAUAGUGUGAAUGACCAAGUAACAAACACAGGGUAGUUCCUUAAGUUAACUAAUAACAAGAGAAAAUCCUCCACUGAGCAGCAGACUGAACAUUACAACACAGCCAGACCAGGCGAUAGGCUUCUCCUCAACUCUCCCACGCUCUACAGACGAGGGAUGCUGGUUAGCUUCAGCAGAAUGGCAAGAAGCCAUGAUGCAGCCACUCAUGCACAUAAUGGGGUCUUUUCUCUCUGACCUCAUCCCACCACUCUGUUUCCUCCUCUUCAUUGCCCUUUGGUCCGUUUUUUUUUUCAUCUUUCUUCCAGCUGCCUCCUUCCAUUUAUCUCCUCUCUCCUCCAUCUGUUUCCUGGUUCUCUGUCAUCUUCUUCAUCCUUUUUCACUCAUUUUUCCUCCACUUUUCAAAAUUUGCUCUCAUUCAUCCUUCCCCAGUCGUCUCGGUACUCAUUUUAGACGUACCUGACUGACAGGCAGGUUCACACACCCCAAAGGAGGCCACACUACGCCCUUGUGGACGGGUGAAAGGUCUAAGAGGGUUAAUGUCCCUGGGCUGGGCAGGAGUGAGUGUGUACCAGCAGUCUGACAGUGUUCAGUGACGUGAACUCAGGCUUGUGCAGGUACCAGCAGUCUCCCCUGAGGGUUGCUAAUCUAGUCACAACACGAGUGUGUGUGUGCAGUCACAAAGUAUUAGAAGUGCAACACAAUUUCUGCUGCGUAACUUCCAGAACAUUGGAUUAAAUUAAACUCCUAUUAGGAAAUUAAUGUGGGGACCCUCAGCUUGGAGUUGAGGGUGUUUACUCUUUCAUGCUCAUGUGGUAUCUUCUCUGGGCUGGUGUUCUCAGCCGCCAUCGUCACCUCUUACUUGGAAGAAGUGUUCAUUAAUUUCACUUCACAAUUCACAGAGUUAAAACAUCUGCUCGAGAGAACUGAAAAUUUGCAGUUUUAUUGCAAUAUAAUUAUAUUUAAAGCUCCUAAAUUGAGUUAUUUUACUUUUCUGAAAAAUAUUACAAUUCAUUUUAUGGCUUGUUUGACAAAUACAAAUAAAGAGGACCAUCAGUUACAAGAUUGAAGACUUUUAUAUUGUGAUUUUUGAUACCUAAUACAAAUGCUAGGAUAGGUGUUAGACAUUCAGCAGAAGAAACAGCCCUGUUUUUACAAUUUCCACAUAAAACAUUCACAAUAAAUAAUUUAUUUAACUUUCAAACUCAUUAGAAUGUGAUCAUUUAUCAGAAGACACCACUAGACAAGACAAGAUAAGCAGGCUGCUUUGUCCACAGAGGGCACCAAAUUUGACACAAACCUAAAGUCCCUCACAAGAGCUUUAGAGAUAUUGUGUGAAAGGGGGCAAGUACAGAUAGUUUACAUACUCGUCAAAAUUUGUGAGUCACAAAUGUAAGCAAAAAUUCACUCUUAAAAAUCAACUGACACCUCCCAACCCACCCGCAGUACUCGAAGUGCACACUUGAGGGCUCACACUUUUUGAAUGUAGGUUUAGACCAGUGGUUCUCAAUCCAGUCCUUGAGGGCCCACUGUCCUGCAUGUUUUGGAUGUUUCCCUGCUCCAACACCUGAUUCAAAUGAUCAGCUCGUUAUCAAGCUCUGUAAUGGAUUAAUAACGAGCUGAUCAUUUGAAUCAGGUGUGUUGGAGCAGGGAAACAUCCAAAACAUGCAGGACAGUGAGGGGCUCGAGGACUGGAUUGAGAACCACUGGUUUAGACAAACAAAAAACAUUGAUGAAGUUGGUUGAAUAAAGGGUGAUACAGGGAUUAUUUUUUUUAAAUGGUAAUCAGAGGAGAGAGAAGUUGAAGUAGAAGAACCCUCCAAAACUUUCCUUAUUGCUGUGAACAUACACAGUGACAUAUAAACUUUAAUGUCCUCUCUCUUUUUUCCUCUCCUUUUUUUUAUUUAUUUAUUUAUUUUUUGAUUUUACUCUUCAAGCUUUAAAAAGUUCAGCUGCCUGUCAUGAAGAGAAACAGAGCUUGGAACCAGCAGAGGUGAGUAAGUCAUCUUUGGAUUUUAUCACUGGAGUCAAACCAGGUCUGUGUCAAACUGACAUCCACUCUCUUUUAAGACUUUGUAACAUCUAAGUUACUUUCCCCAACUUCUUAACAGUCAUGUCUUUAACAAGGCUGGAUAGAUGGCCUAGAUAGGAAAACUUGAACAGGUCACAAUUUCUGGAUCCAAAACACUGAUUCCCAACAGGGUUACUACUACUGGUCGGGUGGUUGUGUCAAAAUCAUUGUCAACCAAUUGAUUUGACUCAAAAAAAUAUAUCGACUAUAACCAUCCAAAGCUAUAAGUAAUAGAUUAAACCUCAAAACAGUUCGCUGAAGAAACAGAUUCAAUAUCAAAGCCUAAAUCCAAAGUAAUGGAUACAAAGUUUAACAUAAUAAAUAAAAGUAAAAACAGUUGGUCACACAACCAACCACAAUCAAGAUAAAAUAGAUGUAUGAUAUGUCUAAAAGUGACUGGUUGUCUUAUAUAGCUCACUCUCUCUGCAGACUGAAGACUUUUCAAAGAGGAAUAUCAGGAAGAGACCGGAGAGCCCUCGACUGGAGAGACACAUUCAAGGAGGUAAGUGCUACAUACAACCUCUCUGUCUGAUUCUGAAACAUCCUAGCACACUGGCACAAACAUUUCCUUUGUUUGUGUUUGCAUCCAGAGACACCAGCAGUGCCAUCGCUUCAGGGCAGGCAGGUGUGGCAGCAGAAGAGAGCUCGCCUCACCGAUGAUCUGGAUGAUAGGAUCUCACAUCAGCUAGAGUCCACAGAGCUGAUUUACAAAAACAUCCAACCUGUUCCCUCCAGCGUCAAUCAGGAGAUCACAGGUGAGCUGAGCCCUGUUGUAGACUUGUUCAGUAUGUCAUUCACACUCACACAGAGGGUCAGAAUAGUAUGUUAAAAUCUUUGAAGAUAAUUCAGUGGCUCUGCAGCUAUUUUCUGUCAAAGUCACCUAAUCUUGGAUGAUUUUUAUGUCUUUGGAUGGCCAGCAGUUAAAUCCUUUACAAUAAUUACUUUUGAUUGAAGGAAUCGAUUACAAACAUGAUAUUUAUGCCCACUGUUUUUAGCUGGUAUUUGCAUUUUAACUGCUGAAGGAAGAAGAAGUUGUUGUUGUAAGGAAAAGUCUUUGCACUGUUAGACAGUUGAAAAAGUACAAAUCUGACAAAUCUAAGAUAAUUUUUGUCAUGCAUCACGGUGGCCUUUGAGGUCAAAAAGCUCCUGUCACCUCAUUGACUAUAGGGGGGAGCAAGGGAGCAUUUCAAUCUAGAAUCUGAUAGCUAGAUAUUACUAAAUAUUCCCAUUUUUUAACACUGUACCAUUGAUCUAAUAAUUCCCUAAUGACACAAGGGUGGAGAAACACACUACUUGCUAAACUUAACUCAGUUUAUUAUUAACUAAAAAGUUUUUGUACGUCACUUUGGAUGAAAGCACAAUGAACUUGUCAUUAUCUAUUUUGAUAAUGUUAAAAUCUUUUACUUACACACGUCACUUGUCCUGUGACUGGAACUGCUUUGGAGAAGACAAUGUCUCACUAAACGAGUGUUUGUCAUGCGCUCACUUUGACAUUUUUUUCUACCUUGCGUUGAGGCUGCUUUAUUUAUUGCAUCUUGAAACUAUGCUUUUAUCUCAAAGUGUACUACCUCUGGUAGAUGGAAAGCUAUGGGAUUAAAUGAAAAUGGUUAAAUUUCACAAAUGUCAAUUAAUUAGUCAGUUGAGGAAACACAAGCACUGACAUAAUUUUUGGAUUCACCAAUUUAUAGAAAUGCUUAAUCAUUUCCUAUCAUGAGAAAUGAUUAAAACUAACAGUUAAAUUUAGCAUAAAAAGCUAGUAAGCUAGCUGCUUAAGCUAGCUCACUAGCAGCUUCUGUGUCUCCAACAUCCAUACAUUUAAUGGUGUGUGACAACCAGCAUUGAGGCCUCCUACUAUGAAACACUAAUACAUGCCAAAUGCACGUACUUAUCUAAUAUUUUGAUUAACUUUUUUUUUGUUUAUUCUCCAAGUGUUAACUCACUUGGAUCUGAAAAUAUUGAGCUAUAGUGUAAUGUUCUUUCUUGAACAAUGAAGCUCUAGGUAAUAGGCUUCAAGCGCCCAUAGUGCCUGCAUUGAACUCAUUAUGCUUUAAAUUGAGGAUUAAAUACUAACUUAAGUAUUACAGUUGAAUGAAUGUGAUCUCACUUUGCAGCAAUUUGGGUAAAGCGACAGAAUUAAUGCCCCCAAUUUCACCCUUUUCCCCUUACAACACCAGCAACAAAGUCAUGCAAAAUAACUGUCUUAUUUAAUUGUGCAGCUCUGGUCCAGAGGUGGUUGUGUUUCAUAUUAGAUGAGGACAUUAGAGACAGUGGCUCGGCUGCCUGAUUGAUGGGUGCGGGGGAGAGUGCUGUGAUUCAAUAACGUACAGUGUCAGAGGAUUAUCCAUCUUUGUCACGGCUGCAAAACACCCACAAUUACAUUACAGUUGAGUUACACAGAGUUAACACCCAAAGAUACAAACAUACCAAGCACAGACCCACACAGGCACAGAGCAGCAGCAGGGACGUCAUCACAUUAUUGGAUCUGAGGCUGCUAAAUCAGCCCCAUGUUGUCUUUUCAUCAUCACCUGCUGAUGUUGAAUUAAUGACCAGCGGGUCAUUUUAUACAGCUGUCUGCUCCAGCCCACAAAAGCCUCUAUAAUUAAAUAACACACACCCGCCUGCAAAGAAGCAGUCUCUGCCUUCAAUGUGUAAGAUCUGUGCAGGUACCUUAACUCUCCAAAGCUCUGUAAAUGUCUGCAUACCAAUGAAGUGAUUAUGUGACACCAGAAGAAGAAAUCAACAGAAAGAUUUGACAAGAUCUGACAUGAAAACUUUAGCUUUUAUGUACUUUUUCUGAGUUUACUGGUCAUUUUUAUCUUAAAGGGAUAUUAUGUUGUAAAAUUAAUUUAGGGUCAAACACACCGUAACACCGAGUUAGACACCUCCUGGAUGAAGUUAGGUGCUGUUCUGAGCAUUAUUUGUGGCUAUAGAGUGGCGUUUUGGUUGAGGUUUGUUGAUGGCUCCUCAGACUGCUGUGUAUUGCUAUCAUGCAGUUGUUACUAAACUUGGUGUAACUAGAGAAGCAAGUGGUCGGCAACAUUCAUCACCCGAGGGGGUGUCUUAAUCUGUGUUACAGUGUGUUUGACCAUAAAUAAAUUUACGCUGGAAUAUCCCUUUAAAUAUGUAUAUUUUAUUCUAAAAUAUACCAGUACAAUGUACCGUGUUUGGAUAAUGGGAUGUUUAGUUGCUUAAAUUUUAAAUUACUCUGCAUUGUUACCAAAGGUCCUGUUAACUGCCUCUCUCUCUGACUUCAGACUCACAGCUUCCUGAGGUGUCUGGUGGUUACCGGUCAUGUGAUGAGGACAGUGGUUACAGCCUGUCUCCAGAACAGCCAGUUAACCCUGAGUCCUCAUGUGUCCUGUUUUCUCUGGCCUCUCCACCUGAAAUCCUGACAGGAGGCAGCAUCCCGUCUUCUACCAGGGUAACUUUAAAGGAGCUUCAUCAACUAUAUGUUUGCAAAGUCAAGGCUGUAAACUUUUCCCAAAGUUCUCCUCUAAAAUUCUCCAGCUAACCUCUGAUUGUGAGAAGGCUGUCAAACGAGUUACUGAGCCUGCUGUUUUCAUUUAAGUUUUAAAUGUUAAUUAAUCUUGGAGUUAAAGGUGGGGUAGGCAGGAAUCCGUUAAAGAAGCUUCUUUUUUGUAGUGUAUAUACAAAAAAAGCUUUUAAUACCAAUAGCUAUUAGUUAUUGAUGACAUUUGGUAAUAUAACGAUAUUGCUAUGUUUUGUUAUGUCUGUGUAAUCAACAUUUUACAUUUUUUGGGCAGCCCGCUCUUACUGACUCCACAUCCUUAAAUAAUGUUCAUGAGCCCAAACAAAGUUAGCGCGCUACAAUAUCGGACAGUAGAAACUAACCAGAAAGUAGAAACUGUCUGAAUCCUCCUUUGGCCACUACUGCCGACACAAGAAAGAAAACAAAGUAAAUUCCAGAGAAUCUGGCGGAAUAACGGGCGCUCAUAAUGGAGGUAGACUGGACAAGAGCUAAAAAGCCGGGUUGAUGGGAGACGCUUUGGGAUCUUACAGACCCUGUAACCUUUCUGCUGGACAGGUAAAACGCUUUAACAAAGUAAGCCAAGUGUCUGUAAGAGAAGUGUUUCUUGUCAAACGGGACCUGCUGCGUGUUGUAGCACAGCUAAACAGUUUACCUCGGGUCCUGGACUAUGUCACUUUAUCCUUGUUGUAGAAGUCCUGCAAACAUUGUGUUUGUUGCUAGUCUGUUGGCAUCUAGAGACGCACCAAUGCUUUUUGGUUUCACGUUGACUGAAGUAUUCAUCUGCAUUAUAUCUGAUUUUAAUUGAAACGAUACGACCGAGCAGGAGCGUCUGUUUGUGGGCGGGGUUUGCUGGAGCAGAGAGGAAGGAGAGAGGAGGAGCUGAGGGGAAAACUGGUUGGGAGGGGUAGUGUUUACAUUCACGAUUUCUCCCCAAAACUGGCACUUCCUCAGAUCCUGCCUACACCACCUUUCAUGAAAAAUAACUUAAAUAAAUAAAUAAAUUUCAAAGCUAAAAUGCAGCAUAUUAACACCAGUAGAGCAGAGAAAGAUGACUGCUAUGCGAGUAUAAUCAAUACCAGACUUUGCAGAGCUUCAUUACCUGAGAAGUUCAUGAUUAAGCAUGAGGGUUUACGACUGUGUUAUCAGCGCUGCUUCAUUUUUAUUUUGACAUAAUACUAUCAAAACUGAUGCACAUUAUUGCAUCAGAAAUGAAAAAAAGAAGGGACUCUAACUUUGGUUGAGUUACUGUUGAAUACAUGUAGUGAGAUAACUCUCUUAACCGCAAAUGUAGCUCAUAUUUCUAUCCUAUAAUUAUUCAUGAUAUACAUAAAAGCUGACACCAAUAUUGAUAUACCCAUCAUGUCCAUCCUUCCGUUUCUUCCCACCAUAGACCUCUUUAUUGUCCCCUUCAUUGACUGUGACCAAUGGGAUGGCACCAUCUGAUCAGAGGGCGUUUGUGACAGCACAGAGUAAAGUACGAAACAUCCUCCAAGAAAACAAAACUACACAGGCUUAAAAAAUUGAUGGUUGUAACACAAAACAUCUAUAAUUACAAACAAAAAAAAUCAUAUCAAUUUCAUACAUUAUUGUAUAAAAUAUCCAAUACACAGAACAGACGAAAAAGUUUAUCUGUCUCAUUGAUUGUAAGUUGUUUUAGUCUCUUUUUUCAUUUCCAAAUAAUGUCCUUGCAUCAGUAAAGCACUUUGAAUUGCCUUGUGUAUGGAUGGUGCUAUACAAAUAAACUUGUCUUGCCUAUAAAAGUUUACAGAUUCAUUAAACAAUCAAAUAUCUUUCUUUUUAGCCUCAGCUCAAAUCAAACUCUGACUGCUCGGCACAGAAAGAGAAGAAACUAAAGGAUGACAAACCAAAGGUAGACUUUUAUUUCUGUUUCACUGACAUACAAAAAACACUGCCGCCAAAAGUAAAAGAAGUACUAGAUGCUGAAAUAUUUAUUUGCUAUAUUUGGAAUGUGUUGACUUUUAGAUGAAAAAGUUGAAGUACCAUCAGUAUGUCCCUCCUGACCAGAAGGGAGUGAAAGAACCGUCCGCCCAUUUGGACUCAUCUUAUGCCAAAAUGGUCCAUCAGCAGCAGCUCGUCCUGCAGCUCCAGAUCAUCAAUCAGCAGCAGCAGAACUACCAUGCCAUCCUGCCUGCAACAGCCAAGUAAUCAUUCAUUUGUUUAUUUUUUUAAUUAAGAAAGACCAGCCUUACAGUGUGCAGCUAAAAAACUGAGCGGAAAAAAGGUCUCAUGAUAGACUGACUGGGAACAUUUUUGAAGUCAUUUUUGGUUUGGUAUUUUCAGCAGGGGAUAAUUCUGUGUUCAAUUCUUCGCUUCUCUUGAUCAGGCCUCAGUCAGAUCAGCAAUCAUCCUCCUCUUCUUCCUCUGAUUCUACCACCUCCUCCUCCUCACUUUCACCUGUCUCUGCAUCUUCUAACCAGGAGAGUCAAAAGCAUCAGGGUUCUGCUCCUCGAAUGGAGAUAAAACCAGCAUCUUUACCACCAAAUCUGCAUGAAAUGAAGGUUAACUGCACAAAAACUGCACAUUUAUUUUGUUAAGUGCAUGGGUAAUUCAUUUUUCAUUACUCCUGUAUCUGCAGCUUUAGGAAAUCUAGUCAUUGUUUCUUCUUCUUUCAAUUUACUCCUUGUCAGGUUGCAGAACUCAAGUCCGAGCUGAGGCUGCGCAGCUUGCCAGUCUCUGGCACCAAAACUGAUCUCAUUGAAAGACUGAAGACCUACCAGGAUUUGAAGGGUGGCAGUGACACUACUGCAUCUUCAACAGCAGGGGGCACCACAGGGCUGAUGGCUAGGGAAGCAGGAAAACCCUCCAAAACUGCUGCAACAACCACCAUCAUCAUCAACAACAACACAUCACAACGGCAGCAGCAGCAUCAUCGCCAUCGCUAUCAGAUCGACCAAUCAGGUGUUUGACUCAAUCACAGCUGCACCAACAGUUCUGCAUUCAAGUGUUUGGAGAUAAAGAGAGCAGGAAAUAGUGUAGAUAAUGGAUCAUAUUUUGACAAAGAAUGAUCUUUGUCUGUAUUGCAGGGCGCAGUGAUACCACAGCAUCUUUCUCCCCCACAUCUGUCUCGCUCACCUCGUCUGACUGCUCAUCUGGCUCCCUGAGCCCUGUAGAAACCGGCUUUAAAUGUGACCAAACGAAGGAAACGGUUAGAGGUUUUUCUCCUGUAGUUGAUGUUGUUUACAGGUCUGUCUUUGGAUUUAUCAAAAUUUGUGCCAAAUUUUUGGAUUUGUGCAUUUUUAUUCAACUUACACUUGGUCUUAUUAAUUCAUAACUAAAAAAAAAAACCAAACAAACAAACAAACAAAACAAAACAGUUGCAACCCAGUAAAAACAAAGUUCCUGAAUUUUAGUACAAUUUUUAGUUUACUGUAGUUUUUGUAAAAUUAACAGGCAUCAACGUACUAUAAGUCACAUCCAUAUUAAUAUAUGUAGUGCAGUAUGCUUUUAUGAUAUAUAAUAUGAAACUAUUAUUGUAACAUUAUCAUAGUUUAAUAAGAUUCACUGAUUCACCAUAUUUAUUUUCUUAAUAACAUAAAAACAAAUUUAGUUAAUACAAAAUAACAAUUUCUUAAGACAUCAGAAAUUCUCUUUUUUCCUGGAAUUUUAAAAACUCAGCAUAAAAUAAGUUUGUAAUUUUGAGCAUUAGCACUGACAUUUCAUUUAGCAUCAGCAUUAUAAAAUCAUCAUGUUGAAUAUUAAAUAUUUAGAUGUUCGCUCAACAUCAGCAGUACUUGGUAUUUUUAACAUGAGAAUUUACAAAAAAAUUAAAAAACACAACUUGCAUGAUAAAAUUGUCACUUCAAACAUGCCAUCCAAAAAAAGAAGUUUGCUUAAAGCUCCUAUGAGUUUUUUUUUAAUGUUUAUUAAAUGAACUAAAAUUCACAUUAAUGAACUUUCAUGAUAUCCAAAAGCAAACAAAACCAUUGUCAAUAAGAUGAGACCUUUUGUAUAAUUCAAUUUCUAAAGAAAUGAUACGUGUGACUGACAGAAGUCAGCAGGGAGAGAUUUUUGUCUAAAAACACCGCUCAAGUAUUUAAAGGACAUGAUGAGCAAUGACUGCUUUGUCCAUAGGGGGGUGCAAAAGUUGACUCAAACCAAAACUUUCUUACAGUAGCUUUAACAUCAACAAUGAAACACUUCUGUUUCAAACAGGCAAGCUACAAAUUAGCUGAGCACCCCCAUGUUAAAACUGUCAUUUCAAACAUUUGCGCUAAUAGACCUCAGCUGAACAUUAGUGUUAGCGUUGUAAUUGCAAACAGGUGCUCGCUAAAUAUCAGCAAAUUGAUGCUGCCAUUUUAAACAUUAGCAUAAAGAUAUGAGCAGUUACCUCUGGCAUUGGCAGUAACGGUUAACAUUGUUGUAGCAAACAGAUGUUAGCGAAACAAUAGCAACUGAAUGCUGCCUUCUCAAAAAUGAACAAAUUUACACUCCUAUUACAAACAUGAGCGUACAGGCAUUAGCAUUUAGCACUAGCAUGGAUGUACACUAUUUAAUGCUCACAAUUAGAAGCUGAGUGGUCACAGGCGGUUGUGCUUAUUUAUAAUAGAAUUUCAAGGUUUACUGUUGUGUGUGUCUUUUUCUUUCUCUCUUUUUCUGUCCAGAUGAGUUCACCUCACACCCAGCUGAGCCUUCAGGCAUGUUCAGCUGCUCUCUUUCCAGCAAAUAUUAAAAAAGAGCAGAUGUGCUCCACCUCAGCACCUUGUCAAUUCUUUUUAAAGCCAGCCUGUCUGCAAAAGCGAUGCCCUGUCUCAUCAGCUGGCACCAAUGCUAUGAAAAAAGCUCCAGUAGUGACUAUGGACAAAGACGAGAUGCUAAAGGAAAAAGACAAGCAGAUAGAGGAGUUAUCUAAGAUGCUUAGGCAGAUACAGAGAGUGGUGGAGUUGCUGAAGAUGCAGCUGGAGCGUGGUAAAAGAGAAAGGAAGGUACCAGAGCCGCUUGUUUUUGUACGAGUUAAACAAGAACCUCCCGAUGAGCCCAGUGACCCUCUGUUGUUUCAUGAUCAACCAUCCACUCCUUCACCAUCCUUUCCAUGUGGGAUUGAGGUCAAACAGGAAGGCAGGGCAGCGGAGGAAGUUGUGUCUGUACCAGAUGCUCAUGAAUUUACACAAACUUUGACUCAAACACGGGAGGUACAGGAGCAAAUUCAUCUCAAAAUACAGCCAGAUCAGACAAACACUGUAACAAAACACCUACAUUUACAGCAAACCACCCAGAGAUCUUCCCAGCACCAAGCCGUACAGAGGCAUUUGCUACAGCAGCGGCACAACAGCAUGAGCUGGGAACAGUUAUUUCAGAACUGCAGUCAGAUGCUUGAUAAUCAGCCGAACCUGCAGAAACUUCCUGAGGAAAAGAAGAAAUCUCACAAACAGCAGCAACAACAACUGUCAAGGCAACGCCAUCAGCAGCUGAAGCAACAGAUUUCACCAAAGCAACAGGAGGAAAAUAAACAGAGGACUCAACAGCAGCAAGUACUGACCAAAACACAGCCACAGCAACAACAGGUGCUACAGCUGCCAUCACAGGUGAGUAUCAACAUCCACAACACAGUUUUCAGAUCUUAGCGUGAUCAGAUUAGUGAUUGUAUAGAGAAUUUAUGUAUCUGUAGACUCACCAAAGGAGCUGAAUUUUUAGCACACAUGUGAGCUAAAAUGCUCAAAAAUCAAGUUUCACCCUUUUAGUAGGUAUUUUCCCUUUUGUACAGGUGCCUGAAGCAAACUUUGACCAGCAGUCAGGCUCGCCUUCCCUUUUCUCACCUUUCAAGAAAGAUUCCAGUCCAAGCGGCAACAUCCCGCUGCUGGUAUGUGAUCCAGAAAAACAAACCAGUUUCUUCAGUACUCUUAUCAUCACUGUAUACUGUAUGCAGGGAAUUUGGACUUACAGACAUUGCGAUUACGCCACUAUCCAGGGCCGUCAACACUCACACAGUUGAACCAGAUCGUACACCUCAACCUUGCACGCCUGUCAAGCUAAGUUCUCAUCAUGGUGUCCUCCUGUUUAGAUAUUCUUAUUAAGAGGGAAGGAACAACACUGUGCAAAAAAUAUCUGUGUGGUGUGUAUGCUGUUUGUGGCGAGUAGUCCCAAAUCUGCCUUUAUAAUCAUUGAAGUGGAUGUAAACAUUCACCUAUUUCUUAGUUUGCCCUCCUGUUAGAUUGAGUUAAUUCAUAGCUAGCAAAACCAUUAGCUGUUAUGGAGAAGCUAUCAACAAUGCAGGUAAUGAUAACCUUGCUGGUAACUUUGGUGAUAAAAAAGGUAUAAAUUCUAAGCUAACAUAAAAACGGACUAAAGCUCCUAUAGGGAGAUUUUUGAUGUUUAUGAAAAAGACUGAAAUCCACACUGACGCUUUAUUAUGAUAUCCAGCAGCAAACAAGACCAUCAGGGACACAACUGAGGAUUUUUGCAUUUAAUUUUUAAUGCUAGAAACUGGUGUGAUCGGGUGUAGGUGUCAGACAAACAGUUGAAGAAACAGCUCUAUUUUGACCGUUUACACAGUAAACAUUCACACUGAAUGAAAUAUUUCACUGUCAAAAGUCAGCAGGAGGAGUUUCUGGUGAUAGACCAUAUCCAAGCAUGCCCAGGAUUAGAUCAGCAAAUACUACUUUGUCCACAGGGGGUGCCAAAAAUGACACAAACUGAAAGUUCUUCCCAGGAGCUUUAAGGCAAAGAGUUUGGCAUUUUCAAAAAUAUUUGGGGAGUGACUUCUUUAGCCAUUGCCUCAUAAUCUUUUUGCAGAUUUUUAGUUUUGUUGGGAAAAGUGUCUCCUUUAAAGGGAUAUUCCGGCAUAAAAUUAAUUUGCGGUCAAACACACCGUAACACCGAGUUAGAUGAUUCCUCAAGAGAUGAAUGUUGCCAACCGCUUGCUUCUCUAGUUAUACAAACUCUAGUAACGACCACAUGAUAGCAAUACACAGCAGUCUGAGGAGCCAUCAACAAACCUCAACCAAAACACCACUCUAUAGCCACAAAUAAUCCUCAGAACGGCAUCUAACUUCAUCAACAGUACAUAUAGGGUCCUUGCUACAGCACUAGCCACCAAACAUCUUUUUAACUUUGCCUGAUUUCUUUAGCAAAGAGCCUAAACACAACUAACCUACUCUCUUCCAGCAGCCGCUUGUUUGUAGCAAGACCUCAGGCCAGUCCAUUAUGGACUGCUGCGGGGUGAUGCAGCUCGAGGAAGAAUAUUUAUGAUCAUUUCUUCAUGGAAAUGCAUUCAGACCGAGACGCUAAGAAAUGAGAAGCAAGCAGUCGCCAACAUUUAUCUCUUGGGGGGGGGGUGUCUAACUCGGUGUUACGGUGUGUUUGACUAAAUUAAUUCUACGCCGGAAUAGCCCUUUAAAAUUGACUACUAUUUAGACUUUGCAACCAACAGCUGAUGGCAUUGCACCUCUUUUUUGAUAGUCUAUACCACUGAGUGGAUUAAACAAAAUCUGGUCUGUGUCUGUUUUAGUGGAUUCACAGCAUGAAGGUCAAGUGUAAUAUCUCUCAGUUGCCUCCAAGUUGUCUCCAAAGCAGCAGAUGUUUAACGGUUUAGUAAAUCACAGAGAAACAUUUAGAUGUUUACAACCCUCCUUCAUAUAUUUCAUCAUACUAAUGUAGACACACACUUCACUCUCAACAAGGCUCAACAGCCACUGCCAGAGGAACAACAACAGAACAGACUGUUAAUGCUCCAUAAAGACAGAGCCAGACAUGUGGGUGACAGAGAACUGCUCCAGCGAGUCCAACAGCAGCAGAAAUUAAUGAUGUAUGCUGCUUGAGACACUGACAGCGUCACUCCAUAAUAGAGUGUGACACUAUCAUGAUGCUGAUAAUUAUUGCUUUGCUAAUUACUCUUAUGACAUCCUCCAUUAACAUGAUUAAUAUUGUUAACUAAGGGCGUACAAAGAAGACAACUCAUCUUCGCUGAUUGAAACACACAGAUUUUUUUUACUGAGUGCAGGUGUGCUUGAGAAAAGCCUGCCUUAAAAAUGUAAAGAUUUAGUAAUUCCACUUAUGCAUCUGUUCUGAUUUCAAAUGCUUCCGAGGCUCAUUUAUGCUUUCUUCACAUACAGAAAUAAACACAAACUUAAUGUACAUUUACACUGGUACGCAGUUAAAAACUAGUACUCAAAUUCACCUUGCCAUGAAACCAACUGUAAGUUUCCUUCUAAUCUCUAUGCAGUUUUCUGAUGUGAAGAUUGUCAGUCUGAAGGGGGCGCCAAAAUAACACAAACUACAAUUUCUUCACAGAAGCUUUAAUGCUGCGUUCAAGUUACCUUGGAAGUCAGGGCUGGGAAUGACGUUACACCCGAGCUGACAGCGUUCCAGUAAACAAGUCGGAAAACCAAGAGGGACGCCUACAGUUAUCCGUUGUUAGCUGUUGUUUACAAUUGUCAGCUGUCGUUAGCCAUUGUCAGUUGUUGUUAGCCAUUGUCAGCGGUCAUUAGUUCAAUUAGUGGUCAAUUAGUUGUUAGUGAUACCAGUUGUAAACAAUGCACAAUACGGUAUUUUACUCUACAAACUCUAAACAUUGGGCAGUACAACAUAUACCACUUAUUUAAUUUCACAAAAACAAAACAGAAGAGCUAAUAAAUAAUACAUUAUGAGAGAUUUCACUGUUAUUCUUUACUGUUGAGGCACUGCGCUGCCAUCUUGAAUAAUGACGUUGUCGUCAAGUCAGGGUUGGUGAGGAUCGUCAGACUUUCCGAGUUGGAAAUCUGACUUCAGGGGGGCGUUCCAGAUAAAUUUCCGAAUUGGAAAUCAGAAAUCGUGACUUCUGAGUACAACUAGAACACAGCACAAGGCUCCAUAUAUUUCUUUGCACUUUCUACCCAACUCGCACAAUCUUUCCAGGAAAAAGUUCAGACAUUUUAUAAAGUUUCCUCUCUGUUUUUUUUUUUUCUUAACAACUGUCUAAAUCAUUGACAUUGUCCUCCAGACGUAUCUGGAAAAGUUUAAAAGUUUCUGUUUGCCAAAUUUACAUUCCAAUAAAGUUGGCAGCAACAGUAAAGUAAGGGUCCACCUUGCUAAUUGAAAUACCUAAGCAUUUUCUAGUCUUCGCACCUCUCUGGUUUGUUUCACUAUCUUGUCCAAGUUUAGUUCAAUUUAACCAACUGUAAAGUUCUCUCUUUCCAAGAAGAUUCAAAACUGUUGUCACCACCAGACAGAUGACGUCACUGUUUUCUGUCAAGGUUUCCAGGGAAAGAGGCCUUUUUCCACUUUGCCCUUGCAUAAGAUUUUGACCUCUCUACCCUUUUAAAUGACUUUAAGGUAAAGACUGGGGGACUUCAAGUGUCUGUGGACCAGUCUCAGCAUGAAGUUGCUCUGCCACUGUCCACUCCUAAACCUGUCUCCAAGGAGAUCUCUGUCACAGGGAUGAACACCUUUUUGUCUUCCUCCACAAACAACGUAAGCUAUCUCCAGAUGAGACACUGAAUCUGUGGGGGUUGACUUGUAUCACUCAGCUACAUUGUAAAGACAUUUUUAUGACCCUAGUGGCUUUGAAAUUGCACAUUUUGAUUUUCAUUUCAUGGCCCCCUCUUUUAGGAGAUGUGCCUCAAUAUGGAUAUCCUGUCAGGUCCUACAGCUCAAACUUCUAUGAAGACAUGGGAAUCAUCCCCUCACAACAAAGUAAGACACACUGAUUGUGUCUUUCUGCAAAGUAAUUUGAAUAUAUAAUUUCAGGAACACUGGCUCUGCAAAAUUAACUUUGAAAGUAAAUGUGAUGUUUUAUUUGUAUUUCUAUUUUUAGGUUGGAGAGCUCACAAAUGGUUUUAUUGACAGCAUUUUGCAGACAGGAGGUAACCACUACACGUUUACAUGUCACUUUUUUCUUGCAGUGUCAUCAUGAGUCAUUUAAUAUUAUUGGGAAUAAAGUGUAGCUUUUCUUUCUAUUUCUAUCACAUUUCCUUCAAACCACCCCAGGUCCUUCUCAGGACAGCCCUGAUUCAGACCCCUCCAUCUCACCCUGCCUCUACCCCCCACAGUCCUCACCAUCUGCCCAGCCUGAGUUUCGGACUCUAGAGGACACAACAAAGGAGAAGCAGGACAUUAGCCAUGGACGCCUUGAGGACUUCCUUGAAAGCACCAUGGGGAAUCCUCUCCUGGGGGUGGAGCCUGGCUGUACAUUGACUUUAAUUGAUGACCUCCACAGUCAAAUGCUGUGCACUCCAAGCAUCCUGGACCAUCCCUCAUCUCCUAUGGAUACCUUUGACAAAGCAGCCAAGGAGGAACAAGGGUUGGACAGUAUGGAUUGGUUGGAUUUCGAUGUGGGAGGAUUGAAAGGAAGUGAAGCCAUGACACUUGACCCACUGGGGCCCCACACUCCCCCUGGAGUUUUUUCCACUGAUUUCCUAGACAGUUCUGACCUUCAGGUACAGUGGGACUCCUGCUUUUAGCAGCUGGAAAAACACCACUACAUAUGUGCAAAAACAUAUAAUUGAUUUCUGAAACUCAGUAUGUUAUUAGAGCUGUCUUUUAGUACCUUCCCACAUGGUUAGAUGAAUCUUUGACCUCUUUGACCUUUAUUUAUUCCAUGCAAACACCACAGUAUUGAUUUUCAAACAUGUCAUGCUUAUUUAGCAGGUCCUACGUCUACAUCUGCUUCAGCAGCCUGUCAGACUUAGAAGACAGAAGGCCAUGCCCCAAUACAUUGUAGAAACAUUCACCAUGCUGAUAUACUUGAAAUGACUAACCUGCUAUCUACACAGCAUUAGCCGUUUUGAACAGUAUUAUUAUCAUAAUUGGCAUAACCGUUGGGAUCACCUUCUUUCUACAGGCAAUGCUUUCCUCUAAAGUUCAGUGUCACUUCAUUUUGGCAUCCUUGAUCCAGACUAGCCUUUCCCAAACUUAGGGUUGUGACCCAGAUUGGGUUGCCAACAACGAUGUCAAACAAGUGAGUGAAUUCAUUAUCUAAAGUGAAACAGUUUUCCUGUCUUUGCUGCCAAGCUAGAGUUCAAGAUGUUAAGUAAAAUCCUGAACAACUGGGUUUCCAAAUAAAAAUCAAUGAGCGUUGUUCACGUUGUGGAUGGCUGUCACCCACAGUCACUGAAUAGGCUGAGAAUCCACUGCUCCAUGAUAAAGUAAUGCUAAGAGGUGGGCACAGUUAACCAAAAAUAACAAAGAAAUUUACUUGGAUAAUUAAUACCUUAAAUUGUUAAUACUGUUUAAAACCCAUAUAAAUUAACACCAAAUUCCUCCUGCUGCAACAGAAAGGGUUCCCAUAAUCCAAGUCCAAAAAAAGCAUUAAUCCAAACACAUUUUAUCUUCAAUAAAUCUACUAGUUUCUUCAAAUUUCUAAAGAUUGUAUGAACUUGCUUACGUUGUCUGUGAUCCAUCUUAUAUAGUGGGAACAGGGUUUGGAUCUUUCGUUCUCA